AUGCAAGAUCAAAGUCAUACCGUUAAACGGUUGGCUGUGCAUCUUCCAAAUGAUCAAUCAGUCACAUUUGAUCCUGAUGAAAUUGACGAAGCAAUUCAAAAAGCUGAACGGGCAACGUCUUUUGAUGCCCUCAGAACAUUUAAUGGACAAAUAUUUCCGACAUUUUAUGAAGCCGCAUUGGCUAGAGGACUUACUAUGAAUGAAAGCGUUUGGGAUGACACUCUUAACGAUGCAGCAUAUUCCUCUAUGCCAAGACAACUCAGAGAGUUAUUUGCAUAUAUUUGCGUGUUCGGGGGUUUCGCUGAUGCUAGAGAUCUCUGGAAUAAGCAUAGAGAAAAUUUAGUCGAAGACUUUGCUAGAGUUCACGGUCAUCCUCCUGGAUCCACGUGCGAAGGCUGUGAUAAUUACACCCUGAGAGAUAUUCAAGAUACCUUGAUUGGCCAUGAACACAAAUGUUCCGACUUUCAACUUCCUGAUCCGCCUAGAGAUAUGCUAAUAAAUAUGAUUAACUUUGCUGAAAUUGAAGUUGAGAGGGAAUUAGGGGAACAGCUGAACGCUACCCUCAACAGCGAACAAAGAGCAGCAUUUGCUGAGAUCGAAACUGCAAUGAAAUCUGAGGUUGAUGGCAGUAAAUGCUUCUUUUUAGAUGGGCCAGGAGGAAGUGGAAAAACUUAUGUUUACAAGACAUUGUUGAGUCAUGUUAGAGGACAAGGAGAGAAUGCCCUACCAGUUGCUUCAACCGGUAUUGCUGCAAAUCUUUUAAAAGGCGGAAGAACCUACCAUUCUCAAUACAAGCUUCGUCUGAAAAUUGACGAAACUACCGUAUCUGGAAUAACAAUGAUGAGUAAAGAUGCCGAUAUAAUCAAAAAGGCGAAAUUAUUGAUUUGGGACGAAUCAACAAUGGCACCUGCUCAUGCACUAAAUUGUGUUAAUCGAUUACUUAGAGAGAUUAUGGAAAAAAAUGUUCCUUUUGGAGGGAAAGUUUUGAAAUUAAACAACAAUGUUCGAUCACUAGAUAUUGAGUACAGCAAUUGGCUCAUGAAACUUGGUAAUGGAGAACUGAAAAAUCAAGAUGGUUUGAACGAAAAUUUGAUUGAAAUUCCUGAAAGCAUGUUAACCUCCGAAAAUAUAAUUAAAGAUAUUUUUGGCGAAACUCUGACUCCAGACAACGUAGAACAAUUCUCACAAAGAGCAAUAUUAUGCCCAACCAAUGACGAGGUGGAUAAUAUUAAUGAAAAAAUCUUGGAGAUAUUGGAAGGCGAGGCAAAGACAUACAUAAGCUCUGAUUCGUUGGUUACUGACGAAGACUCUGACAGAAACGAUUAUCCUGUAGAAUUUUUGAAUAGCUUAAAACCCUCAGGUUCGGCACCGCAUGAAUUAAAUUUAAAGAAAGGCGCUUUGAUUAUGUUAUUGAGGAAUUUGAAUACAAAACGUGGUUUGUGCAAUGGAACUCGACUGAAAAUAAUUGAUCUGAAACCAAAUUUGAUUAUUGCAAAAGUGCUUACAGGAUCGGCAGAAGGAAACGUUGUAUUUAUACCACGAAUUGAUCUUAUUACUGAUUCCGAUCUGCCUUUCCAGCUGAAGAGAAGACAGUUUCCGGUGAAGCUUGCCUUUGCUAUGACUAUAAAUAAAUCACAAGGACAGACUAUGGACAAAGUAGGGAUUUAUUUACCAACUCCAGUGUUUGGUCAUGGACAACUUUAUGUUGCUUUCUCUCGAGUCCGAAGAUCGUGUGAUGUGAAAAAAGUUGCAACAAUGAAUCCAAUAAUUGCACUGCCCGAAUUUUGGCUGAUGAGGGGAAAGUUGGAGAGGAAGGGUUGCGUGGAGAUUUAUGAUUUGAUAUUUUCUCCAGUAACGCCUUCAAUCCAUUUCAUUGGGCUCUAUAUUCGAGGGCGGACCGUGUGUGGAAUCCGAUUGGAGACUAUUAACAAUAAUGCAUAUGCCAAAGCCGAAUCAAAUGAUCUUAAUAUCUUAAUGAACACGGGAAAAUAUGGCAAAAUAUAG